AUGGCUCAUGGCUUCAUUCUCUUCCUCUUAUUCUCUUACAUUAUAUCUAUAAAUAUUCAUGCCUGCAACCAAAUUGAACGCUGCUCCCUCUUGUCCUUUGCCUCCGCUCUCUCUUCUCCUCCUUUAAAUUGGACAUCACUUAAUUGCUGUCACUGGAAAGGCAUCACUUGUGAUCAAGAUGAUUGGGUCACCCAUUUGCUCUUACCUUCCAAAGGGCUCAAAGGAGGUAUCUCUCCCUCUUCACUUAGAAAUCUCACACAUCUCACCCAUUUGAACCUUUCCCACAACUCACUAUAUGGUUCACUUGAGACUCAAUUCUUGUUGUCUUUGAAUCGUCUUGAGAUCCUUGAUUUGAGCUAUAACCAUCUUUAUGGGGAGCUACCACUUUCUCUACCAUCUAGCAAAAUUCGGAUAGUUGAUUUGUCGAGCAAUCACUUCUUUGGUGCAAUUCCAUCUUCAUUCUUCCAACAAGCAAGCAACUUGAUUAGUUUCAAUGUCAGCAACAAUACCUUCACAGGGUAUGUCCCAUCCUCUAUUUGUCUCCAUUAUUCUCCCUUUGUUAGGCUAUUGGACUUUUCUUCCAAUCAAUUCGGUGGCAACCUUGCUCUUGGGCUAGGGGAGUGUUCUGAACUGCAGGUUUUUCGUGCUGGUCACAAUAACCUUUCAGGGUUACUUCCAAAAGAUAUCUAUAAUGCUACCAAACUUGAAGAAAUUUCAUUACCUAUCAAUUCACUACGUGGAGCCAUUAGUGAUAAAAUUGUCAACCUCACCAACCUUCAAAUCCUUGACCUCAGCCUUAAUCAAUUGAGCGGCGAGCUUCCUCUAAAUUUGGGUAAGCUCUCCAAGUUGAAGUUUUUGACUGUUGAUUUCAACAAUUUAGAAGGUACUAUUCCCACAUCUUUGAUGAACUGCACAAACCUUGUAGAACUAUGUUUGGGAAUCAACAACCUUGAAGGAGAUAUCUCCAUGCUUAAUUUCUCCAGACUUAGUCAACUUGCAAAACUUGACCUAAGGUACAAUAACUUUACUGGUAUGUUUCCAACAAGCCUUUACUCAUGUAGGAACUUAAAAGCCAUUGCAUUGACUAGAAAUCAUCUAGAGGGACAAAUACAAAUUGAGAUUCUUUCAUUGAAAUUCUUGUCCUUCCUCACCCUUGGUUACAACCGAUUCACCAACCUCACAGGCACAAUGAAGAUAUUGAUGAGUUGCAAAAGCCUUCACACACUCUCGCUUGAUGGUUCCUUUGUGGGUGAGGGAAUGUCAUUUGAUGAUGGCAUGGUUGAUUUUGACGGAUUCCAAAAUCUUCGGGCAUUGAAUAUGGCUGGUACUAAUCUCACUGGUGAAAUACCUGUGUGGUUAUCGAAGCUCAAGAAUCUAGAGAUCUUGAUUCUAGCCUUUAAUCAAAUCACUGGGCCAAUUCCAAGUUGGUUGGGGAAUCUUCCUAGACUGUUUUUUAUCAACUUGUCAAAUAACCGAAUUUCAGGUGAAUUUCCAAAGCAACUCUGUAGACUACCAAGGUUGGUUUAUGAACCUAUUGCAUCUCAAGUAGACCGAUAUGAAUUUGAAUUGAAUGUCUUUGGCAGCAUAACUACAAAUCUAAAUUUUCAACCGCAUAAAUUGUCUUGUUUCCCCGCAACGAUAGACUUAUCUAACAAUAACAUUGUUGGUGAUAUACCUGCUGAGAUCGGACAAUUGCACCUUCUCCGUCAGUUGGCUCUUUACUCCAACAACUUCUCCGGUGUCAUUCCAGACCAAAUAUCUAACCUAAAAAAUUUAGAGGUUUUGGAUCUCUCCAUGAAUCAUUUUUCUGGAAGCAUUCCAUCGUCAUUGGCGAGCCUUACUUUCUUGAGAAAAUUUAAUGUCUCGUACAAUAAUCUUGGAGGACCAAUUCCAACAAGCACUCAGAUCCAAACCUUCAACACUUCUGCCUUUGAGGGGAAUCUAAAACUUUGUGGUGCCCCACUUCCAAAUAAGUGCGGAUCAAAUAUGGGCAUUGAUGAAGAUGACACAAACAACAAAGACUUGGACAAUGAACCUCAUCAACUUCCAUGGUUUUAUAUUUUCACUGCGUUGGGGUUCAUGGUGGGAUUUUGGGGAGUGUGUGGUUCUUUAGUUGUUAACAAGACAUGGAGAUACGUGUAUUUUCGAUUCAUCGACAAUGUACAAGAUAGGUUGUAUGUAAUGGUAACAAUGCCCAUCAACACGAUGAAAAGAAGGCUUAGAGGCUAG